AUGGCAUCCGAAUUUGCGGUGGACAGACAGACAAGUAACGAGUAUUGGAGCCUAGCCCUUCCCCGAAUCGAAUUUGACGCCGGGCUUCUUGGCCUCCAUCUCGCGGACAAGAGUGCCAAUCACCUUCAGGGCCCUUUUGUCCGUGGGCUGUGCCGAAAUGGUAUUGUGGAUGGCAUUUGCGAUCGAACUAUUGCUCGCGCCAUGUCGCACCAUGAUCUCAAAGGCCUCAACAGCUCCGUUUGUGGCGGCGACAAGGAGAGAAUUGCCAUUCUGGUAGUUCAAAUUUGCGAGCGAAUCAAGGAGAACGUGCAGGGCCGCAAUGGACCCGUCUCCUUUGCACACAAUGCCAACCGCCUGAGUGCAUCCAUCUCUAACCUCCUAUCAUUAUCCUUGCUCGGCCAUGACCAGGAGGAAUGA